AUGCCUAAAGCUUCAUCCAGCAGACGCUCAAAGAGAAAGAUGGCGGACGACGUUGCAGUUUUGAAGCCCCCAUCUAAAUCUUCCAAAGUCACCUUCCUGAGCCCGUCUCUUUUCCUACUGGAAAUCCCCGCUGACGCCAACUCCAGCCUCCCAGUGUGGGAGGCCAUGAGGUCCAAGCAGGUGGACAUCGCCUGGACCGUCAACCCCUACAGCAUCGGUGUGCAUUUAACUCCCGCGACCUCGAAGCAAGGGAAGAGUGCAACCCCCGCCCAAACCGAAGGCGCCUCCAGCGUGGCGCAGAGCUCGGCGCCUUCUUCCAGGACCCUGCAGCCUCAGAUGGUCAUCCAGUCCAUCACUCCGCAGCAUGGAGCCUCCCAGACCUCCUGCGUCCUGCUCACCCUUUCCCAAAACGGCACGCAAUUGCUGCCGAUCCCUCCGGGUCAAGCACAGAAAAUACCUGCAAACCCCACACUGGCCACCUCCCUCAUCUUCUCCCUGCCUCUCAUCAUCACCCAACCGCAGCCUGCACAUCAGCCCGGCACCCCGACCAAGAGACAGGUCCUACCCGCCAUCCAGACCCCGACGGCCACCCCCACCAAGCUGCAGGCCCCGUCCGAAGGGCCAGUCCCCUCUCCGUUCCACACCAAGACCUCCUCUAACAUCCAGGUCUGCGACAAGUUCCUCCUGAGUCUGUGUGACGCAGGGAAUAAGUGUACGAUGCACCACACUCCCUACCCGUUCCACUGGCAGCUGUGGAGCGUGGUCACCCACCAGUGGAUCGACGUCCCCUGUCGCUCUCAGGUCAUACUGGAGAAGAGCUACUGCAACAUCAAAGAAGAGUCCAUUUGCAUCGACGACGGCAAUCUCCACUGCAGUCUGGUCUUUGACUCGAUGGAGAUUAACGACUCAUCGAAGUAUGACGGAGUUAGACGACUCACUAACUCUGACAGUCUGAUCAUAAACCCGUACUUUCCCAGCAAAUGGAAAAUCUACUGGUGGAACAACCAGGACUGGGAAGAGUACAACAAGGAUGCGUCCGCCUCGCUGCUGAAGAGUAUGAGCGAGAAGGAGCUCGAGUGUACCUUCUAUAUUGGCUCCCAGGACUACAAGGUGGACUUCACCACCAUGAUCCAGACCAACUUCACCACAGGGUUCCGCAGAAAUGUUCGCUGCAGACCCCUCUACCGCUCCCCCGAUUCCAUGCGGCCUUACCUGCAGACAGGAAUCCUGACUGAGCCUGUCGGCGACCUCCCCGGGGCAAACUUCAGCGUGGACCCUCUGGAGGAGUUCAGCUCCUGGUAUCCUCCCGUGUGGUGUCUGGACUCGGCACAGGACUACAGCUUGGUGGACCUUCCGGCCGGCACACAGGCCUACCGGAGUGUCCAGAACUUCUUCUACGAGAGCCUGCCUGAGACCGAGGUGGACGUCGUCGGCAUCCAGCAGGUCCAGAACCUCCUCCACUGGGACAAGUACCAAAGGCACAAGGCGUACAUGCAGAAGCAGCACGCCACGUCUCAGGAGCCUCUGGAGAGACAUCUCUUCCACGGGACAACCAAAGACCCCUCGGAGGACAUCUGCCACAACAACUUCGACCCCCGCAUGGCCGGGGUCAACGGAACGUCCAACGGGUUCGGCUCCUACUUCGCCCCCGCCGCCUCCUUCUCCAAAACCUUUUCAGCCAAGUCGGGGCCGGAUGAGGUCCGCUGCAUGUUCCUGGCCAAAGUCCUGGUGGGGAAGGUGAGCCUCGGAAGGAGCCACUACCGCCGGCCGCCGCCACUCAACUCCAGGACGAGUCAGUUCCUUCUCUACGACACCUGCGUGGACAACGUUGACAAGCCCACCAUGUUUGUAAUUUUUGACAGCUGUCAGUGCUACCCAUACUACCUCAUCAAGUACAGAGACCUGCCCAAAGUGAUUACUAUUUGAUGAAGAAGAGGACAGGCCUUAGUUAGCUGUUGAUUGUUCCGACACAAAGUGUUAAAAGUGUUUAGUCGGAAAUGUUUAUCAAAUGUUAUCACUUGCAGAAAAGAUCAAUAUGUAGAUUAUG